CGGUUGCCCCGGGAGACGUUUGAAGGCCUACUGGUGUCUGCAGUGGCGGAGUGUGUCUUGGGCUGUUAGUGUACUGGCGGUGCCGUGCUGGAAAUGCCUAGAGACACAGGGGAAGAGCUGGCUGAUAGUGGCGGAGAGGGCUUAUCCCGCCUGCAGAAGGUAGCCUCACUUCCUUGGGAUAUGAAGACAGAGAACGAGAUGCUGCGGUCCCGCCUGGAGGAGCAGUCUCAGCUCAUCUGCUUGCUGAAGCAGCGGGCGGACGAGACCCUUCGCCGGUGCCAGUGUCUAGAGAAAGGAAAUGCCGAGUUGGAGGAGCGCUGUGAAGCCGAGAGGAAGAGAGGGGACCAGCUAGAUGAGAGGUUCGAGCUUCUGGCGGCAAACCAUCAGCAGAUGAUGCGCUUCAAAGACGAAUACAAGACUCAGAAUGAGGAGCUGCGGGCGGAAUGCGAGAGGCUGCGGGGAAACAUCGCCCCCCAGCUGCUGGAGAAGGACCGGAGCAUCCAGGAGCUCAGUGCCAGGCUACAGGCAAUGGAAAGGGAGCAGAAGGAGAAGGGGCUGAGGCAUGAGGGGGAGCUGGAAGCUAUGCGGGAGAAACUGGGGAUGCUAUCGGAGGACAGUCAGGGUAAGACGCAGGAGCUGGCCUUCCUGAGCCAGAAACUAGAGAGUUUGCAGGAAGUUUGCCACAAGGCCCAGCAGGAAAUAUGCCGGAUGAAAAAAGCACAGAGCAUUGAACAAACGGAAACUGAAAAGCUUGUAUCUGAAAUGAACAAAGAGAAGCAGGAGCUUCUUCAUCUGUGUAUGGAGAGGGGUAGAACCCUUCAAGAAAGGCAAAAAGAGGUCACUGAGCUGACUGAAAGGCUACAAGAGUCUGAGAAGGCAUAUCGCUUAGCAGAAGAGAGAUACCAAAAGGAUGCUGCAGCUGUGAAUGCAGAUGCCAGAGUAGCAGAACUUCAUAAAAGGCUAGAAGAGAAUGAGAAGGAGUUAGUGCAGCUGAGAAGGGAAUUUGAAGCUUACAAAACUCAUAGUGGGAACUUGCUAUCCAAAGAAAGAGACCUGAAUGCCAAGCUGAGGCAUUUGAUUGGUUGAAAGGGUAGCACAAGUAUCAGCGUGCAUGCCAUGGCCAUUUUUGUUUUAGAUUUCUAAUUAUUCCAAAACAACAACAAUAUAACACAUUUCUGAGUACAACCCGUGGACACUACAUCUGUCUUGCGCCGCUAAUAAGCUCUGACACAUUUAGAGAUGCCCUUCAGAACACUGCUGUUGUAAAGAGUGGUUAUUUGCAUAUAUUGCACACUAACCACACAAGUCCAACUCUGUAUAUGUAUUGGGGGUUGGCUGGCAUGGGCAGCAUAGGCAAUUGCCUAUUUGAUGACUUUGUGCCUCUUCCAUUUAGCAUAUUGCGUUGGGUACAGAACCAAACUCUGAUGGAGUAUUUUAUUUUUCGUAGUCCUUUUAAUGCCACGUGAGUAUUUUUUCUUGUAAUAAAUAUUUUCUUAUAAUGAA